AUGUUCACCGCGCUGAAAUCUCCCCUGGGCGCUAUCCUGCGCCCAUCAUCAUUCGCUUCGUCCUCGCGGGUCACGCUUGCUGCGUUUGCGCAACCUAUAGAGAGCACUCCAUGGGCAGGUGCGGGGCAGGUACGGUGUAAGAGCGUGUUGGCGCCUAGACGGAUGAAGUACAAGAAGGCGCAGAAGGGACGAGUCGGGAUACCCACUGGCGGCUCCCUCAAAGGCUCCACGCUCGAACACGCCCCGUUCGGCCUCCGCCUCCUCACUCCCGCCCGCCUCACCGCCGCCCAACUCACGUCCGCCCAAGUCGCCAUCAAGCGGCGUAUCAAGCCCGUCAAGGGCGCUGAAUGCUUCUUGAGGGUGUUUCCGGACGUGGCGGUGUGUGUCAAGGGAAACGAAACGAGGAUGGGGAAGGGGAAGGGAAGCUUCGAGUAUUGGGCGUGUAGGGUCCCGGUGGGACGGGUGGUCUUUGAGGUGGGGGGCGGAGGGAUCAGGGAGGAGAUUGCGAGGCAGGCCCUCCGUCUAGCCCAAGUCAAGCUCCCCGCCCAAUCAGAAUUCAUAACCCGCUCCUCCCCCGCACGACUCGGCACCCUCACAUCCCCCUCCCUCGGCCGGCCACCCGCGGCCCUCCCGGCCCCGGCACAUCUGGCAGCUAUGGAUGCGGCCGAUGAGGGCAAGGCGCCCGGACUGGUCAUGGCGCAGGAGGAACGGAGGGUGCAGGGUUUGGGGAGGGUGGAGGAUGUCUUGAGGGGGAUGGAGGGGUUGAGUUUGGGUAGUAGUGAGACGAGAGCGGGGGGGGCGGCAUGA